CUAGCCCUCAAAUAAUGACACCAGUUCAAGUUGCAGCUUGAGUCUGCUUGACCUUAACUUGCUCGCUUUCUUGAAAAGAAUGUCAUUCUCUUUUUUUUCCACUUCUAUAUGCAUCAUUGUAUUGACUGCUCUAAUCUUUUCAAAUGUAACGGGUAGCUGUACAGAAGGCAGUAUAACAUUAUUUGGUAGUACAAGAGAAUAUGAAGGACUAGUAUCAGUUUGUUAUAAUGGCACCUGGUCUGUACUGUGUGGUGGUACUGACAGCAGGUGGAAUGUAGACACUGCCACCAUUGUAUGUAGGUCACUGAACUAUAAAGGAGCUGGCAUUAUAUUAAAAGAUCAUGGCUGGUCCAAUGGUACUUCUUCAUCAUUACCAGCUGUCCAGUUCACCUCCUCUCAGUGUAUUGGUGGUACUGCUAACAUUAUCACUGAUUGUGCUAGUCUUGAGUCCAUUACUUAUUGUCCUACACAUCAAUACAGUGGAGUACUCUGCAGUAAUCCAGAUGUCUCUGCAGCUGCUAAUGGAGAUACGGCUUUAUUGAGUUUCCUGUCCGCUAGCAAUUUAGGAUUACUGCUAAUCUAUUACAAUGGUAGCUAUGGUACUGUCUGUGAUGAUGAAUUCUCAAUGAAUGAAGUUCAAGUGUUGUGUACUGAGCUGGGAUAUAGCCCUGAUAAUGGAAUUGCAGUUUCAAGUGAGAAGUUUGUCUUCAUUCAAGACGAAUUCCAAGUCUAUCUUGAUACCGUGCAUUGCCGUAGCAACAUAGACACGACCAUUGGUCGCUGCCUAAAUGAUGGGUUUCGUUCAACAAACUGUGACACAAUAGAAUCAGUUGGAAUAAUAUGCCAAGUUCAAGGUGGUUCCUGUAAGAAUGGUGACGUUAGGUUAAUGGGCGGGACAAGAGCAGCUGGUCGCGUGGAGUUGUGUAUUGGAGGACAAUGGGGGACCAUCUGUAAUAAAGGAUGGAAUGAUAAGUCCGCUAAUAGAGUCUGUAACCAGCUGGGGUAUAAGAAAGGAAUACCCUCGCUUGCUGGUCAGUUUCCAGCUGGUAUUGGCCCUAUCUGGGGUUCUGAGAUAAACUGUACUACACUAGCGUCACUCCUAGGCAGUGAUCUUGACCCACCUGGUCUUCUUGACUGCUUGUGGCCGCUACCAAUCGGAUCAACUCCUAACUGUACCCAUUCUAAUGACGCUGGGGUAAUAUGUACUAACGAUACAUCAGCCCCUCCCAUUGACACCAGGUGUAUUGAUAAGAGCGAGAGGUUGUUCCUCUUCAAUGGUACUAACCCGUCAAGUGGUCGUAUCGGUAUCUGUGGGUCGGACGGACAGCUGCACAAUAUCUGUGACUUUAUUUUCAGUGAUCAGGCAGCUACUGUGAUCUGUAGGGAAUUGGGACUGAAAACACCAGGAUAUGCAGUUCAUGGCCUGUUCUUUGGUACUAGUGGCACCACUCCAUUAUACACUAACAGCAGGUGCAGUGGAGAAGAGACAGCAUACAGUGAAUGCAAUAGACUAAUGACAAGCAGAUGUACACCUGGUAGAGGAGAUGUAGGGGUAGUCUGCAGCAGUGAUUCUAGUGGUAUCUGCUCAAAUGGUCAAGUUAUUUUAUUACCAUCCUCCAACAGUUCGGAGAAAGUAUACAAGAAAGUUGGUGUUUGCUUUGGAAACUCCUGGGGAUAUAUCUGUCCGGAGGACUGGGACAAUAACGAUGCUAAAGUAAUCUGUAGACAAUUGGGGCUCUCUUUAACAUGGACGGGAGGUAAAGGAAUUGACGCUGAAUAUGAGAAUCUUAACGACUGGUUGUGGAUGAAUGAGGUUCAGUGCACAGGGAAUGAGACUAGAUUGCUGGAGUGUGGUAGGAGGAGAUUAGGGACUCUGAGGUCAAAUUGUGAUGAUGGUGGAUUUGCAGCUGUAGCUUGUUUAAGAGAAAUGCCCUGUACUAAUGGUCAGUUUCGUCUAGUUCCAGCUGCUCCUGCUAAUACAACCCAACAGCUGGUAACUAAGGGAAGGCUGGAGUAUUGUAUAGAUCAGUCCUGGGCUAGCGUAUGUAGUCGUGGCAAUUACGCUGACAAAUUAAACAUUAUUUGUCGUAAAAUGAAUAUUUUUAGUACGGCAGCUCCUCAUUUAUUGCUAGUCCCUGAUAUCACAGCUGCUACUGAUAAUAUUGUGACAAUUAGUAUCAACUGUACUCCGCCCACUCAAGAUAAUUGCACUGUCAUUGUUGACGAUAGGGCGGAGUCUUCCUGUUCCCAUAGUGAUGACAUUGGGAUUGAUUGUAAUCCUAGUAUUGAGCCAACAGCUGGAGGAGGAGGAGGACAACAAAAUUAUGUUUUAUUGAUUGCUAGUGUCACUACAGCUGGUAGUCUGUUCCUAACGGUGACACUGAUAUUACUAAUUAUUAUUAUAAUCGCUUGUGUUGUUGUCAGAGUUAAAAAUAAAAAGAAAAUGGAUUUAUACAAUCAAACCUAUGAUCGGAGACCAUCUGGUGAUAAAUGUUUAUUUUAUGGUGAAACUGCUUCCCUUGAUGGUGAUAUGGAGUUAAAUAUUCCUCGCUACAGUCAACUUACUGCUUGUCGGACAGUUAGUGUCAGCUCUGAACAUUUGGAUGUCCUUAGUAACGACAUUAUAAUAACUAGUAAUAACCUGAAACUAAUGGAGACUAUUGGCAAAGGUGAAUAUGGUUUAGUUCAUAAAGGACAACUUAUGAUGAAGAGCAAGUCAAGAAUUGUAGCAGUGAAAACACUAAAAGGUCAGUUUGAGCAGUCCGAUGUUGAUUCUCUCCUUGAGGAAAGUAUCAAAAUGUUUCGUUUCAAUCAUCCAAACGUCCUUGGGCUGCUGGGGGUGUGUCUAGACGCUGGACCCUCCCCUUACAUAAUAUUACCAUAUAUGGAGAACGGGUCGCUCCUCAACUGGUUGAAAAGGGAACGGAAUCGUAUCGUCAUAGAAGAGACAUCGGCCGAAGAUGAGGUGGUAGACGUUAAAAGGGAACUAUUGUCAGCUUGUCACCAGAUUGCUAAAGGAAUGGAGUAUUUAUCAACAAGGAAGUUUAUACAUAGGGACCUUGCCGCCAGAAAUUGCAUGAUGGACGAAUACAAUUUGUUAAAGGUUUCUGAUUUUGGUCUUUCGCAAGAGAUUUACGGUAAGACGUAUUUCCGUCAGGCUGAGGGAGAAGAGACUAAACUGCCGAUAAAAUGGAUGGCAAUUGAAAGCAUGACGGAUGGACUCUUCUCUGAAAAAACUGACGUGUGGUCAUUUGGUGUGACGUGUUGGGAGAUAUUCAGUGGAGGUAAGAUGCCCUAUGGAGGUGUCAGUCCAAUGUCACUACCUUCUCUAUUGGAGGCUGGAGACAGACUACAGAAACCGCUGAAUGCUGCCUGCACUUCUGAUGUUUUUGAUGUGUUAACUCGUUGCUGGCUCACCAAUCCAAAAGAUCGUCCUACAUUCACUGAUCUUGUCAGCACUUUUGAUGAUCUCUUAACGCCGUUAGCUGAUUACCUUGAUUUCAGUGAUAUCAACGCUCCAAUGGCUUCUUUGAAAUCAACAGUAACCGAUCUGGGCAUGAGACCUAGGCUGGUUAGGGAGAGUACGGCCGAUGAAGAUGAAGUUUUUUGAUUUUAAAAAAUAAACAAAUAUUAUGUAGUGAAGUUCUCCUUGUUGUUAUUCUGUUGUUCUAGAAAGUAUCCCCUCAUCUUUCAUUUUAACUCAUCAAUUGUAAUCAGUUAUACACUUCAGUUUUCACUUUCAGUCAAUUCAAUAACACUUUAAUUCAAUAUUAA